UCCUACCCAAAGUUUCAGAUACGCACACAUCAACCAUCCACGCAACGGCGCGGAGUCAGAAGAAAAACAUAUUCAGCAAACAGAAAACAAAGUUACUUUACUCCAGUAUUUAUCCAGCUGACAUAAAGCCAAUCUGUCUCUUUAAAGUAAGCUAUUUGUAAACUUUUUUUUCUGUCGCGUUUUCACUCUGUUGCGUUUUGCUAUGCGGGAAGACGCGAAGUGGCUACAGUGCAGCUAGUUGUUUUUCACUUCUUUCAUAGAAGAAAGUGUAGAAUCGUUGCGCUAGUUGCUGUUACCUUCAUUUUGCUGUUUUACGAUUCUUGCGGCAAGUUGAGGAAAUCUACAGUUUCCAGCGUUGUGGAACGAGAUUAAGUGAAGAGAACAAGAAAGUAAGAAGUGGCCGAAGACUUGCUGGUAGUUUACGCAACUUUUUUUUGCCUCCGUGCACCUAACCCCGCGCCGCGUCAAGUAGUUAAGGAUGCUAGCAUGCCCUCUCUGACCAUUUCCCACCUCGUUCUCAUCUGGCUGGGCGUACAGAGACUGGCCCUAGGCGCCGAGCGCAUCUCGGCCCGAGAGCGCUUCAAGGUAGUUAUCUCCCCUGUGAUCUGUAAGAGGACGUGUCUAAAGGGGCAGUGCCACCACACCUGCGAGCAGGGCAACAACACCACGCUCAUUGGCGAGAACGGCCGGUCCGCGGACACCCUCACCGGGCCCGGCUUCAGAGUCGUUGUGUGCCCUCUCACAUGUAUGAAUGGGGGGGUGUGUAACUCGCACAGCCACUGCCUGUGCCCGCCUGGCUUCACGGGUCGGCUGUGCCAGUUCCCCUCGCGCCAGCUGACGGGGACGAAGGGGGCGCAGGGCAACGCGCAGCCGGCGGGCCCCGAUACCCGGAGCCCCGGGGACCAGCCGGGCGCUGGCCGGCACGUGGCACAGACCCAGUCUGUCUUCACCGUACCCCUGGCAAAUGGAGGUGGGCACCACUCUUCAGAAGUGCAGUAUAAAGUCCGUGUCCACCACGACCCGGACACCUCUGUUGUCAUCCAUCCCAUGGAGCAAGCGGAAGCCAAACCUCCGCAGAAGGCGCCUCCCCGUGUCCCGCCACAGACGCACAAGCCACGGGGGCGGUGCUUCCAGGAGACCACGCCCAAACAGGCUUGUAGCAGUACCCCCCUCCCUGGACUGACCAAUCAGGAGGAUUGUUGUGGCAGCAUAGGAAACUCCUGGGGGCAAAACAAAUGCCACAAAUGUCCAGAGCUGCCAUUUCCCGGAGUCCACAAGUUAAUAAUUGAGGACUACGGCUCCACCUGUCCACAGGGCUACAAGAGACUGAACAACACUCACUGCCACGACAUAAACGAGUGCACCAUGCAAGGGGUGUGCCAGAACGGAGACUGCCUGAACACCCAGGGCAGCUUCCUGUGCGCGUGCAAGCCGGGCUUCGUCCUGGACCGAACGCGCUGCGUGGCGGAGCCCCCGGGGGAUCUGGGCCUGUGCUUCCUCCUGGUGGGGCAGGGGGGGCAGUGUGAGCACGCUCUGCCCACUCAGCUGUCUCAGGAGAUGUGCUGCUGCACCGUGGGAAAGGCCUGGGGCAGCGGCUGUGAGAGGUGCCCCCAGGAUGGCACGGCAUCCUUCAGCAAGAUCUGUCCUGCUGGAAAGGGGUACAUAUUACACAGUUACAGGGACACCCUGACCAUCCCCCCACAGACCCUGCCGAUCUACCCAAACCUAGAGAAGGAGACCCCAAAAACUGAAAAUGAGAGGCAAGUGGUGAAGUUCCCACCACUGGAUCCUGAGGUUGUGGAGGCCACCCCUCCCAUGCAGCUGUCCACCACCAGCACCCAGGGGCCCAAGCUGCCAGUGAUUGUGGCCAAACCCUCACCCCCUCCCAUUGUGAAGGUUCCGCCCGAGAACAGCCCGCUGGAAGUUGGGCAGACGCAGUACCCACAGACGGACGAGUGUCGGCAGAACAGGAACGUCUGCGGGCACGGGGAGUGCGUGAGCGGGUUCAGCGGGUUCAGCUGCCACUGCAACGCCGGGUACCGCCCCCAUCCGCAGAGGAGGAGCUGCGUGGAUGAGAACGAGUGCGAAGGGGAGCCCUGCGGACCUGGGAGGGGCUUAUGCAUCAACACCGUGGGAUCCUACAGGUGUCACUGUAACCAUGGCUACAAGCUCCAGUACGGAAAGCUCACGUGCGUAGAUGUGAACGAAUGCGCCAAGCCGAACACCUGCGGAGAGGGGGGGCAGUGCGUCAACCUGCCCGGAACGUACAAGUGCCAGUGCUAUGAGGGCUAUAAGAGCAAGUCGCAUCAACAAGUGGCUUGUGAAGACAUUGAUGAGUGCCUGGACCCCAACAGCUGCCCAAACCAGCAGUGUGAGAACACGCCCGGCUCCUACGAGUGCACACCCUGCCAGCCGGGGUACCACGCCCGGGGCGGGGUCUGCUACGAUGUGGACGAGUGCCAGGCGAGAGGCACGUGCCCCAACGGACACUGUCAGAACCUUCAGGGAAGCUACCGCUGCCAGUGCAACGAAGGCUUCGAACCCGAGUCCGAUGGCAAGAGCUGCAAAGAUACCGACGAGUGCGAGGACGACAGGCUGUGUGCAAACGGCCGCUGUGUGAACACAGAGGGGUCCUUCCUCUGCGAGUGUUACCUCGGAUACCGGCUCACCCAGGAGGGAAGCCACUGCGAAGAUAUAAAUGAGUGUGAAAGGUCCUUUAACUGCCAGCGGGGGCGCUGUAUGAACAUGAUGGGGUCCUAUCGGUGUGUGUGUCCGGAGGGCUUCCAGCUGGUCAACGGGAGACGCUGCCAAGACGUGGACGAGUGCAACAAGGACAGGAGCCUGUGCCGGCCGCACGGCGUGUGUGAGAACAGGCAGGGCAGCUACGUCUGCGUCUGCAACGACGGCUUCAUCAACUCCGAGGACAGCCACAGCUGCGAAGCUGUUGAGAUCUUCGUGGAGGACAAGAAGGAGUGUUACCUGAACCUGGACGACACAGUGUUCUGUGACAGCGUCCUGGCAACCAACAUCACCAAACAGGAGUGCUGUUGCUCCAUCGGCGUGGGCUGGGGCGACCAGUGCGAGAUCUACCCCUGUCCCGUCCACAACUCUGUCGAGUUCCUCUCUCUGUGUCCCAUCGGCAAAGGAUUCUACAAUGAAGAGAGCGUGGCAAUGCACAGGGACAUCGAUGAGUGUGUUCUCUUUGCCGAUGAGAUCUGCAAAGAGGGCCGCUGCAUGAACACCCAGCCAGGCUACGAGUGCUACUGCCAGCAGGGCUUCUACUACGACGGCAACCUGCUGGAGUGCAUCGAUGUGGACGAGUGCCACGACGAGUCGCUGUGCGCCAACGGGCGAUGCGUGAACACGCGCGGCUCCUUCUACUGCACCUGCAGCCCCCCCUGGACGCCCGACGCCUCCAACAAGAAGUGUGUGGUCCCUGUGCUCGCAGGUGUGGACGAAUGCCGUGACCCCGCCAACUGUAAAAACGGCCAAUGCGUGGACACCGCCGACUCCUACUACUGUCUCUGCACGCCACCCUGGACCCUGGGGACUGACCGCAACAGCUGCAUCCCCCCCGAGGAGCAGGGAGAUGUGAAUGAAUGCCAGGACCCCUCGUACUGUAAGAAUGGAGUGUGUAUCAACACGCCCGGGUCCUUUCACUGUCUAUGCACUCAGCCUCUCACCUUCAGUGCGGCGCUGAAACAGUGCGUCUAUGACGACCGGACGGCCGCCCACAAGGACGUGUGCUUCGGCCAGGUGGACGAGGACCUGAUCUGCACGCGGCCGCAGACGGGGCUCAUGCUCACCUACUCGGAGUGCUGCUGCCACUACGGGCUGGGCUGGGGGCCCGAGUGCCGCACCUGUCCCCAGAGGAACUCCGCCAUGUUCAACCGGCUCUGUGACAUGUACCUGGACACCGAGUCUGAUGGGGAAGGAGAUUUGCUCCCAUCAUUUGCCAACUACAACCCAGAAGGAGACAGUUCUGAGGAGGACUCGGAUGAGUGCAGCUGUGCUAACGGUCGCUGUGUGCGGUCCUACCUGGGGACCAUGUGCGAGUGUAAUCCUGGCUUCCGAAUGGACCACUCUCGGACCCACUGUACAGAUAUCAAUGAGUGUGCUGAACCAGGCCUGCGGUUGAACUCUUGUAUAAAUGCCCGCUGUGUCAACACCUUGGGCUCCUUCAGAUGCUUCUGCAAACGCGACUUCAUCCCCUCAAGAAUACCCAACAUGUGCAUCCCUCGACGAGCUCAAUAACAACGCUCCCUCUCUCUCUCUCCGGUCUCUGUUCAUCUCCCUUUCUGUCACUCAUUCUGUCUCACUUUCCACUUUCUCUUCCUCCCUUCUCUCCAAUCUCUCACCAUCCUGUCUUUUAUCUUUCUCUAUUUCUUGUUUUCAUUCUCUUUCUUUUCCCCUCUCACUCUCCUCUUUGGCUUCAGCUCUCACUGAUGCCUGUCUUCCUUCCUCUUUCUUGGCGUUCCUCUUUCUCCUCUAUCUGUGAUUUCUCUCUCACUCUGCCCUCCCUUUCUCUUUCCCUCGUCUCUCGCUCAAGAUGCUCUCGCGUUAAAGACGAUCUGUUGCACUGCCUUUCUCACUACUGUUGUUCUUUAUCCUUCUCCAGCAGCGAGUCGUUCACAUUAUGGUGUCAAAUCAGACCAGAAGUGAAGUCUUUUUAUUUAUCAAAGCCGCUGUGGCCAGUCAGCGCACGACAGUGGGGUGGGUAUAGCUUUCAGAACACUGAGCUCCACACCUGAGGACCAUGGGCUUCUAUCUCAGGAAACAGCUGUACCCUUAAACUAAAGGUGUUUAACAUCAACUCUUCCUGCCAAAAAAAAAAAAAAAACCAUCAGUUUUUGUAAAUGGGUUACGGAAUGUGUAUGUUGUAAAAUUGUAAGUCACUCUGAAUAAGUCAUUCUGAUAAAAAAAAAAAAUGUAAAGUGAUUAUAUUACAUGCCUACCCCUCCGUUCCCUUUCUCACUGUCUUUUUCUUCUUUGUUGCUUUGGGAAAUGGGAAAUCUAUCACAGAUAAUCCCAUCCCUCAGCUUUGCCUCAGAAGCACUGUUUAUAAACCUAGUCAGAAUGUCCUCAUUUUAAAAAGACAGCUUGUUUUUCAUAUAUAACUGCCGAGCCGACAGCCCCCCAUCCCCACCACCUCCCACUUGAUGUUUACUCUCCUCAUAUGUCUUGUUUGCCAAAAACAUCUAUUCUGAGAAUAGACGCGCUACUGUUAAGUGUUGAAAAGGCAAAACACUAACUUAAAAGUAUGUAGACCUAUGAAGUAUUUCUGAUACUGUACCUUAAAACAUGCAGUUUGAACUAUGCAUAGAUAAAAUAAUUAACUACCAAAAUGA